AUGAUUCCCAUCAAGCGUGCUCUAGUCUCGGUCUCUGACAAAACUGGCGUUCUCGAGUUUUGCCAGACGCUCAGGGAAACAUGCGGCCCAGACCUGGAGAUUCUGUCGACAGGAGGUACUGCGGCAUUGCUGCGGAAGAAUGACAUUGCAGUGACUUAUGGCAGCACAUGCACAAUGUUGCACAGUUGUCUAAUCAAUGCUUGUUACUUGCCGUUACUGCGGAUCGAUCAUCGCUUGCCUCCUCAACUACGAGUCUAUCCACGUGACCUGAUUUCUGAGGCAUCUCUAACACCCAGAAGUAUCUGAUUACACCGGUUUUCCGGAGAUGAUGAGCGGUCGCCUCAAGACACUCCAUCCCAAAGUGCAUGGUGGAAUUUUGGCUAGGCGUACAGAAGCAGGAGAUCUAUCGGCGUUAGAGGCUCAUGGCAUGCGCGAGAUCGACCUUGUGGUGGUGAAUCUGUAUCCGUUUGAGGCCACAAUAUCCAAACCCGAUUGCACCCUAGAGGAAGCCGUCGAGAACAUCGAUAUUGGCGGUCCUACUAUGCUCCGCGCAGCUGCUAAGAACUGGGAACACGUCGCUGUGGUUUCUUCCGCUGCUUUUUAUCCGCGCAUUAUGUUAAGAUGGGUAGACUACCACUACUACUACUACUACCUCAGGCGUAAGUAUACGGGUCAACCGUAUCCACGUAACAUCCUUUAGGAACAAACCCCAAUAGAUACGGGGAAGAUAGAUUAUCUUCUUCUUACUGUGGUACGUAGUAGUUCGUUCACGUUCUCUAAUCACUGGCGAACUGAAAGAGCAUGGUGGAAAGCUGUCUCGUGGGUUGCGGUUUCUGCUGAGUCGAAGCACGUAUGAGGAGACGAGUAAAUAUGACGGAAUGAUUGCCAAUUACUUCGGCAAAGUCGCUAGUAAGGACUUGUUGUGUGCUGGUGAAGCAGGUGAUGGAGGUCGUGCUGACGUCGAAGAUGCUGUUCCGGCUAGAGGGAACAAGCUUGAAUUAACGAAAUUCUCUGACUUCUUCUACACGGGUUUGAAGAAGAAACAAGCACUGCGUUACGGAGAGAACCCACAUCAAGGAGCUGCGUUGUUAUGCUUCUUGGUUUUGGAGAUGUUUUUCGCAAUUUCACAAUGCUAGGCUUCUUACUUACCGAUCCGAGUUCCUUCACGCAUUUCUAAUUCGUGCAAAAAUCAAUCCCCACCAACGUAGACCACUUCCACAUCUCUAAUUCUGUACGUGGAGCCCAACGCUGCUUUCGCCUCAGUGGCGAAUGCGAAACAGCUACAAGGAAAGGAGUUGAGUUAUAACAACAUCGCUGAUGCGGAUGCUGCGCUCGACUGCUGUCUGGCUUUUGGGGAAGAAGAGUAACAGUAAUCUGGGUUGGAGUUGUCGAUGUUCUUCUGAUUGAUGUUGUGUAUCCUUUGUCAUUUGAACAACUAACGAAAGCUUUCACUAACGACUGAAAUAAAUGACACUAUUCACUAUACACUACUUCUACUUACUCAUUAACGAAUAACUAUAACACCAAAACAAGAUUUUGCUGCGUAAUCGUGAAGCACGCGAAUCCUUGUGGUGUUGCGGUGUCGUCUUCUUCCCUCCUCCACGCCUAUGAAAAGGCUUUCCAAACCGAUCCGACCUCUGCUUUCGGAGGUAUCAUAGCAGUCAACAAAGUUUUAGACGUCGCUACAGCGGAGAAAAUAGUUCAAAACCAGUUCGUGGAGGUCAUUCUGGCACCAAGUGCAGCGCUGGAGGCUGUAAGUGUAGUGGGGAAGAAGAAGAACGUGCGGUUGUUGGAGUACAUGACAGCAGAGAGCGGAGAGACGGAGAAGAAAAAACCAAUGAUGGAGUAUAAAAAGAUUCGCGGAGGCCUUCUCGUACAAGACCGUGAUGAGGAGCCUGAGACGAUGGAAUUGCGUGUGGUAACAAAACGAGCACCAACAGAGGAGGAAAUUAUGAUGCCGGACGAAAAAUAUUUUUUUUUUUCACUUACACUUUCGUCCCAUUCUAAUUCCGUGAAAGACCUGAAAUUCGCUUGGAAGGUGUGCCAGUUCGUCAAGUCAAAUGCUAUCGUCUAUGCCAAAGACGGAAUGACGUACGGUGUGGGCGCAGGCCAAAUGUCUAGGGUUUUUAGCUCUAGGAUCGCCUGCGAUAAGGCAAAGGAGGCGACGCUGGAAUUGAAAGGGUAUUUCAUAUGGAGUUGUCUUUUUCUUUUUGGUUUAGGUUGUGAGUCUGGGACUGAAUUUUCCAAGAGCACUUCUGGCUUGCUGAAGUACUGUUUUUAAUACUUUCAGUUUAGUGGCUUCCCAGAUCAACGACCUUUCCAUCUCCCUCACUUCAGGUCAGCCAUGGCAUCUGACGCUUUCUUCCCCUUCCGCGAUGGCAUUGACACAGCUGCCGGCACUGGCGUUAGCUGCAUCAUUCAGCCAGGAGGUAGUAUCCGCGAUCAGGAAGUGAUUGACGCGGCUAAUGAACACGGCAUAGCCAUGUUGUUUACGGGAGUGAGACAUUUUAAACAUUAGUUCUUCCUUGUGGAACUAAGUGUACAGGAACUAGCUAGCUGCACAAGGAAGAAGAUUGCAGAACCAGAAGUGGGAUGGUAGUUUUGCGUGGGAGAAUUCAUCAAAGGAGCACGUCGGGGUGGUGAAAGAUUUUUAGAUUUUGAGGGUACAGGUACAGUACACACUCAUAGUAUUUGUCACUGAGGUGGAGAUCCUGAUCAGACACUAUACAGAAUUAGUAUGAUCUGAAAAAAUACACUGGCAUGGCCAUGGGCUUAAUGAUGAAGUUGCUUCGAAGAACAUCAAGAAGAUAUGAAUGGCAAAAUGUAAGUUUUGCAGUUUUGCUUGUGGGCGUGCAUUAAUGCUUUUGAGUUGGUGAUGACGAAAGAUACUUAGACACUCAAGAGGAUGGAC